AAGUACAAAAAAGAAUAUAAAACAUUGAAAGCCAUUGAAAAAACGAGUUGAAGAGCCGGAAAAAAGCCAGAAACUUCCGUGUUCCUUUGAUCUUAGACCGAAAAAGAGAAGAGGCAAUAAAAACAAAUAAUUAUAAGGAAUACAUCGCAAGGAACGGGCCACCGCCAUUGAAAGGAUGCCUGGCUCCCAAGGAGCAGCAAAGGAAUAACUUUUGUCGCGUUUUCGCGUUUUUUCCUAUUAGAAAAUCCCUUUUACGCGCUCCAGCAUCCAACAAAAACAAAAACAAAACAAAGAAAAGCCCGGAAAAACCCAACAAAGGAAAAAAGAAGGAAGUGAAGGGAAUUCUGCACGUCUUGAAAGUUUUUUGUGUUCCGUGUCCUCCCGUAUCCUGGCAAACAAAGUAAAAGUUGCAGGCGAAAGUUGUUGUGCAACGUGUGGCAAGUGCAGCAGCAGCGGCGGCGGCGGCGGCGGCAGCAGCGGGCAACUUUAAUUCGAUUUUAGUGUAACAAUCAGUGCAAGAAAUAAAACAACCAAAGCCCGGCUCACCUGUGUUUGUGUGUGGCACGCAGCGUUCGUGCUCAUUCGUGCCACAGAGUGUCAGAGGCAGAGUCGGAGUCGGAGUCGGAGUGUGCGUGUGCCGGUGUGCCGGUGUGUCUUGGUGUGCAGCACGAGAACUGUUAAAGUGGAUUAGCAGCAGCGGCAGCGGCAGCGGCAGCAACGGUUCUUUCUUGCCACACAGCUCUUCUUUCUGGAUUCCUAUGGGCGAGAGCGUGGCAUCAAAUCUUUCAUCCACCGACUGGGCAUAAAAUCAUGAUUACGAGAAAAUGCAGAUAAAAAUGUCGACGAACACCAAUUGGAAGUCUCAGCAAAGUCUCUGGGCAGCUUUGUUUGUGACCACACUCUACUGCCUGUUGGAAACGAAUGCCGCUUGGGGCAAGAAACUGAAUGCCAGCCAGGCAUUCGAUGACACUUGGAACACCGCCUCCGAUCUGGAAAAUGAAUUGGAACAACAGAAGCGGGCCAAAAGCGGCGGCGGCCAGAGCGGAUCAUCCUCCAGCAGUGGGGGCCCUGGCCAGUGGUCGGGCUGGUCGGACUGGUCCACAUGUUCGCGCACCUGCGACGGCGGGAUUAUGCAGCAAAUGCGUAGGUGCAGCAAUCCGGGAAGCUGUCGGGGCGAGAGUGCCCGGUAUCGCAUCUGCAACAUGCAGCCGUGUCCGGACCAGCAGGACUUCCGCUCGAAUCAGUGUGCGGCCUACAAUGAUGUGCCCUACGACGGGACCCUCUACAAAUGGACGCCUCACUACGAUUACGUCGAGCCCUGCGCCCUCACCUGCAGAGGCCAUCCGGCACAUCUGGCCGAGGACAUGUCCCGUGAGACGGCCCAGGGAAAUGUCGAAGAUGCGGAGCAUUAUGACGAGCAGAGCGUCAUUGUGCAAUUGUCGGCGCGGGUGAAGGAUGGCACCCGUUGUCGUUCCGGCAGUCUGGAUAUGUGCAUUCAAGGCAAAUGCCAGCGCGUUGGCUGCGAUCUGAAAAUCGGUUCAACAAAGAAAAUCGACGGCUGCGGUGUGUGCGGCGGCGAUGGCAACUCCUGCUCCCAGCCGCUAUAUUACUGGGAGAUGGCACCGAUGUCGCAAUGCUCUGUCACCUGCGGCGGCGGUUACAAAAUGUCGCGUCCUAUAUGCAGGAAUCGUCUAACCAACGCCGAUGUCGAUGAGACGCUCUGCAGCGUCGCUAAUCGCCCGGAGCCGGCAGUGGUGCCAUGUAAUACACACAGCUGUCCGCCGCGUUGGAUAACCGACGAUUGGAGCACUUGCAGCCGCCUCUGCGGACACGGCUAUCGGGAGCGGAUGGUUGUCUGCGCGGAGGAGUCGAACGGGAUUAAAACGAGGGUUGCAGAUAUCAUGUGCCGCACACCGAAACCGCCAACACAAGAGACCUGCAUUAUCGAGGAGUGUCCGCACUGGGAGGUGGAGGACUGGACCGGUUGCUCGGUGUCCUGCGGACAGGGAAUACAAAUGCGAGGCGUUGAAUGCAAAUCGACAGAUGGCAGCCUGAGUGCCAAAUGUGAUCCACUCACAAAGCCCGCCAGCAUGCAGCAGUGCUCGACGGGCAUCCACUGCGAUGGAGGUGGCGGCGGAGGCGGAGGCCAGAACAAAGGCGGUGGAACCAUCAUCGUGGGUAGCAGUCGUUCGGUGAAUGAGCGCUCGGAGCAACACAUGGACAGCAGCUCGGAAAUGGACGAGGACGAUGACGACGAGGAGAUGGACGAGGCGGAGGAUAUCGAUGACAUGGAAUCGGGUCAGGACACCGAUGACGGCGAGGGCUUGUCCUAUGCCGAUCAACCUCCAAGAUACUCGCAUCACACGCAGAGCCGCCUGCACCACGAAGCACCCGAUGAGCCGCGAGCCAUGCGCCUGAUGAGCGGAAAUUCCAACAAUAAUUACAAUCGAGGAAAUGGCGGCACAGAUGUGCCAUCAUUGGAUCCCACUUACAUCAAGGACACGGAUUGGUCGCCCUGCAGCGUCACCUGUGGCGAGGGCAUACGUCGUCGCAUCCAUAAGUGCAAAAUAUUCCUGGAGUACUCGCGGACAGUGGCCACCGUGAACGAUACCCUGUGCGAGGGCACCAAGCCCCACGACGAGGUGGAGCGCUGUGUGGAGGAGCCCUGCAUGCUGCCAUCGCAUGGCUUCGACGAUCAGUUUCCCAGGGACUCCAUCAAAGUGGGCGUGUCGGAGCCAGGGAAGACCUACGUGUGGCGCGAGCAGGGCUACACCUCGUGCAGUGCCUCGUGUUUGGGCGGCGUGGAGGAGCUGAUCAUCAACUGUGUGAGAGAGGACAAUGGCAGAGUCGUGUCGCCGUUCCUUUGUUCGCCAGAGACGAAGCCGGAGGCCAGGGUGAGGACCUGCAACGAUCGUCCUUGUCCGCCGCGAUGGAACUACUCGGACUACACGCCCUGCUCGAAGAGCUGCGGCAUUGGGAUCAAGACACGCGAGGUGCAGUGCAUCCACGAGGUGACACGCGGCGGCGAGAACACCAUGGUGGUGCCCAACAGCAUGUGCCCCCAGCCGCCGCCCGCGGAUCGACAGUACUGCAACGUGCUCGACUGCCCCGUGCGCUGGGAGGUGGGGGAGUGGUCCAAGUGCUCGCACACCUGCGGCUACGGCUUCAAGGACCGCAAGGUGGAGUGCAAGCAGAUCAUGGCGCAGGAGCACAAGAUCGAGCGACCCGAAUCGAUGUGCCCCAGCGUCAGGCCGCCGGACAAGAAGCCCUGCAACGUGAAGCCAUGCCCCCCCGAGGACCCCAAGCCCGUCAUCCAGAUCAGCAACUCGACGCACAUCCAGCACGACCCGAAGAAGACCAAAAUCACCCUCAAAGUGGGCGGCGCUGGAGUCGUGUUCUUCGGCACUCAGGUGAAGAUCAAGUGCCCCGUGAAGCGGUACAACCGCACCAAGAUCAAGUGGAGCAAGGACCACAAGCCGCUGCAGCGUUCGCGCAAGUUCAAGGUGUCCAAAAAGGGGGCCCUGCGCAUCCUGGACAUCACGUUCCGCGAUGCCGGAGUGUACUCGUGCCAUGCGGGCCUCAGCUCCGCGGAGAUACACAUUGAGGUGAAGGCCAAGCCCGGCCAGCAGGCCGAGGAGCUGGAACGCCAGGAGGCAGAUCGUUUGGUGCGUGAGCGAAGCGGCACGGAGGCGCUAACCUCCGCGGACAUGACGUCUGCGGGGGGUGGAGCAGGCGCUGGAACUGAUGGCCCCGCUAAUGGGUCCACGAAAGAGCAGCAACAGAAUGGCAACGGCCGACGGAGGCAACAACAAUCGGAACGCCUGCAGAACGGAAGGGAGCGUAACCGGCGACCAAAAUCGGAUGGAAUACAGCAUGCGGACAGCAGCAUUAUGGAGGAUGAUCAUUCGCAAUUAGUGCAAUCGGAGGACCGUAUACCACAGCCGGCGAGCGCCAGCAGCGGCAGCAGCCGCACCAAGACACUGCUCGCAAUGCCAUAUUUUCAGGUGCUGCUCAGCAAUCUCCAGCUCUUGUGGCCGCUGCAGCGCUUCAAGGACUCACGUGGCCAGCAUUUGCUGCAUGGCGAGGCGCUCAAGUAUGGCGUCGAUUUGGAGCCCCUGCACUUCGAGCAGGACGAGCCGGUGCGUGUGAUGACCAAAGAGCUGCUGCACACCGAGGCGGGGCCCAUUCGCACCAGCGGGUCGGAGGGGGACAGGGACACAAAGGCCGGGGAGGCCGAGGAUGUACCGCCGCACAUGCCACAUGGUCGAUGGGAAACUGCCGCUGCGACAGGCGGCGGCACCACAACGCCAGUGCCGAGUCUCGAGAGCGGCGGCUACGUCUACAAAUGGCAAGUGGGUGACUGGUCCAAGUGCUCCCAGGAAUGUGGAGCAGCUGGCAGCGGUUUGCAGCGACGCACGUUGAGCUGCCAGAGAGAGGCAAAAGCAAAGGCCAGUGGCAGCACUAGCACCAGCACCACCGACGACAACGGAAACGAUGUCGUGGAUAAUUCAGAGUGCACCGCCCACGGCCUGGAGAUGCCCGACACGUUCCAGAGCUGCGGCAACGAGGCCUGUCCGCACUGGACCAAGGGCGAGUGGACGCUCUGCCAGCAGUCGAGGUGCCACGGACGGAAUACGGCCGUGCAGCGCCGCGAGGUGGGCUGUCGGUACGAGAACGGCACCGUGGGCACUGCCUGCGAUGAAUACGAGAAGCCGCUGCCACGACAGGAGUGCUACAACGAGCGAUGCAAGGGUGUGUGGCGCGUGGAGCCCUGGUCCGAGUGCAAUGCGCCGUGCGGUCGGCAAGGCAUCAAGUACCGCAUACUGCAGUGCGUCUGGUACGGGAGUCGAAGGCCCGCGGGCAACGUGUGCAAGCACCAGCCUCGUCCGGCGGUCAUGAAGGUCUGCAAGAGUCCUGCCUGCCAGGUGAAGUUAUCCCCUUCGGCGGCCCUGCAUUGCCGGGACUCGUCGCGCUAUUGCCGCAACGCCCGCUCCAUGGGCCUGUGUCGGCUGCAUCGCUACAAGGAGAAGUGCUGCAGCUCCUGCCAGCAGCAGCCCAACCAAUAUAUAUUCCAUUAGCUUCUGGCGAGACGGCAUAGGCAUCGGCAACAGCAACAGCAACGGCAACGGCAACGACAACUCUACGAAUUCUGCAAUUCUGCAAGCAAUUACUCUAAGUACCCCCCUAAGUACAUCUAAAGAACUAUAGCAAGAAAUUCAAGUUAAACUUAUCCAUAUGUAUGUACUACCUGCAACAAUCCUGACACUCCCGCACACUUCUGACACUCCUGACACUCCCGACACUCCCGACACUCUGACACGAACACUGACACUGACACUGACACCGGCACCGAUUCCAGUUGAAUAUUGUAUUGAAAUGAGGCCAUUAGAAAAUAGCAAUUCGUUCGAUUUGAAAUUUGUUACACAGCCAUAAACCACAGCGAAAGAAGAGAAUAAUUUAUUGAAAUUCCCCCCAAAACCUAACAAAAACGUAACAUGUAAGCAUGAGCAAAUAUUUGCAAUUACGAGUAAAGUAAGGAUAAAUAUUGUUAGAUCUGCCCCAGGACUCGUUUCACUCGGGCAAAUGAUGUGCCAAACAAGAGGGAGCGAAACCCUUUUGUUUGGCCCUCGAUUCGCCAGGGUGAACAGGAGUCAGUCGAUGGCAGCAGCAGCUUUGCUUUAAGCAAUUAAAACCACUAUAAAUUAAUGACACGGAAAAAUACUAUAAAAUGCAGCAGCAGCAGCAGAAAGCGGCAAACUAUGAGGAUUAGGUUACAUUUUCACUAUGCUACAAAAUACAUAAAUAGUAUGGAAUAUGGUAUAUGGAUUAUGGAAUAAUAUCCAAGUUAAGGAAAAGGAAUGUCUAGAAUAAAUCAACUUAGCAAAUAAUGAAUGUAAAGGUUGAUGUAUGACUCGACUAAUUGCUGAUUCAAAUCCAAGAUGUAGUCAAAAUGUUUAGCGAAUAUCUCCACACUAAUCAGCUAAAAUCACUAAUCACUAAAUGAAGCAUGACAAAGAAAACAAAACGAAAUCCGCACUGUUACCUAAUGUGAACCAAAAUCGAAUAUUAACUACAAAUAUGUAUAUGUAAAUAUUAUAGCAAAUGAGAGAUAUUUACUAUAGAGGCAUCUCCUUAUCGAGCUGCACCUUGACUAUGCCAUUGUCAAUUUUCUUCACUGAAUUUCCCUUGUUUUCUGAUUCUGAUUCUGCAUUUAUCAAUUAUCAAUUCGCCUAUGCCCCUAUGAAUAUUGUAAAUAAUCGAUUUCGGCAAUUCAUUUGAAGGCUUACCUUGUAUGUAAUUUAAACAAACGAAAAAAAUAACUAUAUGAGAACUAAA